CUUAACUUUCAUUUUUCAAACAUUCUCGACAAAUAUAAUUCAGUUGCAGGAACACAACACUUGAAUAUGGCAGAUUACUCGAACAAUGAGGUGAUCGCAUCAACAGAAACAUUAAGAAUAGAAGAGGAAGCAGAGAACACAAAUGAUACAAGUCUCGAAAAGCCCCCUUUUGACCCCAUAAAAAGGAUCAACGAAGGGUUUCGCGUAUUCAAGACUAAUGAAUUCAAUAAAUUUCCAGAUUACUACCGUCAACUAGCAGAGAAACAAGAACCCAAGUUUCUGAUAUUUGCUUGCUCGGAUUCCCGCGUUUCUCCUACAAAUAUCCUGAACCUACGACCUGGGGAAGCUUUCAUGGCCCGUAAUAUUGCCAACUUGGUCCCUGCACCUAAUAAGCUUAGGUACUCUGGGACUGGUGCUAUUAUUGAAUAUGCAGUCUUGGCUCUCAAGGUUGAGGUAAUUGUGGUGAUUGGACAUAGUCGAUGUGGUGGAAUCAACCGACUGUUAUCUCUUCCGAACGAAGAAGCUUCCUAUGACUUCAUAGAUGAUUGGGUUAGCAUUGCUCAACCUGCCAAGAAAAAGGUGAUAGCAAAGAAUCCCGGCGUUACAGGAGAAGUACUCCAAACACUUGUUGAGAAGGAGUCGGUGAUGGAUUCGCUAGCGAAUUUACAAUCCUACUCUUAUGUUAAAUCUGGAGUAGCUGCUAAGAAACUUCAACUAAUUGGUGGCUACUAUGAUUUUGUCCGUGGAAAUUUUGAGUUUUUGAAAGUCGGUUCUAAUAUAGAACCAGUGAGCGACAUAUAAGCAUAAUCAAGUUGAAGGGCUCUUAUCCUAUUUCUCUAUUUUACCUUCGGGCGAAGAAUAAGCACAAUGUGCAGUUGAAUAAACUUGUGUAUUUGUUUUCUAUGUUAUGAUCAAUAGCCUUGUAUUGGUUAAUCCCGUUGAAACAAUGGGCGGUAGUGUGUGAAAGUACUUAAAGAUAUAUAAUUAAUUGCAUUCGAUCUUUUAU